ACCUACAAAUACCUACCUUACCCUCUCCCAUCCUCUUCCCACCUCCUCGACUCCUCCUCCUCACUCUGCACACCACGUCUCUGCUUGACCAAGCUUUGCUUUCAUUUGCUUCACCAGAGAACCUAUCGCAAGCAUUGCUAGAUAUUACCUAUCACCCAACGCAACACCGACAUACAACCGUAACCAACAACAUACCAACAACAUACCGACACUCUUGUGUUCUACCAGUGCUCAGACUGCAAAAAGCUCACAUUCCAACCAUCAUCAUCAAUGGAUACCAAGGCUACCAACCCUCGCCUGACCACAGAGUCACUCAGCCUCGGCGACAGCGCUCAGUCCACCCCUUCUGUCUCGGCCGCCUCAACACCCACACUCGAGGCACACGAGUUCAUCGGCGGCUUCCCCCACAAGCUCUCGGCCAACCUGCUACCGGCUCUCUCGCGAGACUUCCCAAAGCCUACAAACGAGGUCGACGUCAAGGAGGCCCUCGAGCGCCAGCCCGGCAGAUGGAGCCUCCAGGGCCAGAUCAAGGCCAACAACAUGAGAGCCCAGAGCGCCGCACUCCGGCUCGACGACAAGGAGGGCAAGGCGAGAGCCUUUGAGGAGGCCAAGCGCGAGCUACUGGCGUAUCACCACAGCGCCCUGCGGAAGCCUUCCGGCGCAAGAUAA